CAUCGAAUCUCGCAGAAAAAUGGCUUCCGUCUCUGGCGUUCCAAUCUGGCCCGACGCAGGCAUCCGCAGCGCGUGGCUCUCGCAGUGGCAGCUCCCGUCGCUCUCAGUUGGCAUCCAGAUUGGCCUGUUCAAGCUGCUCGACAGCAACCCCGGGUUGACGAGUGCGCAAAUCUCAGAGUCGCUCAAGGUGUCCAAGCGCGGAAUCGACGCGCUGACGGCAGUGCUCGGUGCACUCACCUUCUUGGAGUGCCGCGGAGGAGCCUUCCAUAAUUCGGUCGAAACCUCGCUGUACCUGCUCGAGGGCAGCCAGUUCUUCUGGGGACACAUGCUGAUGGGUCGCCCGGGUUCGGAAGCGUCCGCGUUGCACCGACGCCUGCACGACGCCAUCGUGCACGACCAAGUCGACCCUGGAGCCGUCAACGAGUGGGAGGCUGGAUCGCUGCCAGAUCCUGAGCGUGCGGCCGCCAUCACGCGCGGAAUGCACAGCCACUCGGUUGCACCGGCGAUGGCUCUUGCGGCAUCGCCUCGCUUUAAGGCUCUUAACGUUACCAAGCUUCUGGAUGUUGGCGGUGGCUCUGGCUGCUUCCCGAUUGCGAUGGCUCAAGCCAAUCCAGCAUUCAAAGGUGUCGUGAUGGAAAUCGACACUGUCGGCAAGUGUGCGCUCGAGUUUGUUGCUGAAGCAAAGGUGUCUGAGCAGAUUACCACGAUUGCCCGAAACAUGUUCAAAGAUGCCUGGCCGACACCAGCAGAGGGGUUCAACGGGGUCUUUUUCAGCAACAUUUUCCACGACUGGAAUCAUGCUCAGAACACGCAUCUCGCUCGCAGCGCGUUCAACACACUGGCGCCUGGUGGUCGAAUUCUGUUGCACGAGACGCUGUUGAAUGAUGACAGCACCGGGCCCUUUGUUGCCGCGGCGUUUAGCAUGCACAUGCUCGUGUACACGCGCGGCAAGCAAUUCACGUUCAAAGAGCUGCAGGAGCUCCUGACCUCUGUGGGUUUUGUUGAUGUCCAAGUGUUCCCCACGUACAGCUUCUACUCGAUCGUUCAUGCUCGCAAGCCGUGACCGAGGAGCAGAGUGAAAAGAAUGGCAUUGUUGCUGUUCAUUGUUUUGAGUUUGUGUUUUUGCUCGUUGUCAAUCGACAUACAAGAGCAGACCAGGCAAUCGUAUAUAUUGGAGCCGGACACCAUUUUUAAGAAGCUACACAACA